UCUCAACUCAAUUAAAUCACAAAUUAAACAAAACACACACACACACAGCGAAGGAAAUUGAAUCGAAAUGGCAAUGCGCGGCGGCGAAAGGAGCGGAGUGAAGGUGGUGAUAAUCAACACCGAGUACGUGGAGACGGAUGCGGUGAGCUUCAAAUCUGUGGUCCAGAGGCUCACCGGGAAAGACGCGACGGUGGCGGAGUCUCAGCCGGGAAUAAGAAACGAGGCCGCCGCCGGCGGGUUCUGGAAGGCGCCGGGGCUGGAUAAGAUGAUGUCGUUCAAGGAUUUCGAUAGGAUGCUCAAGGAAUUGCCGCCGCUUGAUGAAUUAUACAGGCUUUACGCCGAUAAUUAAGCUUCCGAUUUGGGGGAUUUGGGUUUUGUUUUCUCACAAUUCCAUUUUUACGUAUAUAUGAAUAAUUAUUUAUUUAUUCUUUUGGAUUUUUGCGGUGUGUAUAUAUAUUGUUUAUAAUUAUUUUCUUAUUUAUAAUAUCUGA